UACUAACUACGGUUUUGCAGUACUGAACGUGCACUUAACUUCGACCUGAACAUUUUUUGGAACAAUCACAAAAUCGUUAGCGUCUCAAGUAUGCAUAACUACCUUGGUUUAUUGCAUAAAUGACCUUCAGCAGUACUCUGACGACUACUUUGCUAAGAAACAAUAAAGUUGAUUAGAACAUGGCCCAUGGCCAAGUAAUAUACGUUCUAUAAAACAACAGGAAGCGUUUACAACUUUAGUCAAUAAGAUUUGGGUGCUGUGUUGUUAACAUUUUCAGAUGUAGGUACAGUAUGAAAUACUACCAAUAGUAGACGUUGGUUCAACAUACUUCAUUCGUAAAUUAAUCAACCCGAAGCAUAUUUCUAUUUAUUUGAGACAUGAAAUCACAAGGGAGCUCGCUUUUUCUAAUUAAAAUAGCAUUCGUAUAUAUCGUGCCUACCAUAGCAAGUUUGAGGUGUUUGAACUGCAGAUCAAGCAAAUCACUCGCCGCGUGUUAUGCAGAGGGAAGAAUAGAAGAAUGUUGGCAGAGAGACCACGUCUGUUACACCGAAGUGCGUUACGAGCAACGUAAUCCUUCAACCGGUGUGUACAGUCACACCCGCAUCAACGCUGGUUGCAAACAAGAAGCUGCUUGUAUUAAUAAUGAACGGCGGAACUCAAUGAACUGUUAUCAUGGUUGGGUUCGAAACCCACAGCGCUGCUACAGAUGUUGCAAGAACCAAGAUUGUGUGGGAGAAAGAAAGGAAAGAAAAACACCGCCUUGCCAGAAAGCGAUGCUGGAUUAUUUCAACCGGUUCGAUGCAAAUGAGGAUGGUCUUGUUGAAGCAUGGGAGGCAGAUUUACAAUCCUCCGGUCGGGGAAUGAAAAGUAAAUCAGUGUUUGCAUCUCUACUUAAUGUUCAGAACAAUUUCAGGCAAACUGGAGUUACACUCGGUGUGUUUACCGAAGCAAUGUCGGCGUGGCUUGAAGAAAAGAAGCUGGUGGCCGAUAGGAACGGUAAUGGUAAAAUUUCGUUCUGGGAAUUUUAUUGGUUUCUAAGAAAUGAAAUGCACAUGGUGACAAAAGGUAGCAUCGGUAGAAAAAAAGCAGAGGAAAUGUUUUUUCGGAUGGCUGGACCGAGGCGACAGCUUGAUCUGUGCCAAUUCAUGAAUAUUUACUCAAAUAAAGUAUCUAAAGAAUUGACAGUAAUCAGGUGCAAGGAGAAAUUGUACACACCUUCACACGGAACAAAAAGUUGCACCAACAGUGACGUCACCGACAGCGUUUGUACGUUUAAGUGCAACCUUGGAUAUCGAAUGAUUGGCAAUGGAACUAUCACUUGCGCCAGAACUGCGCGUUGGACUUCCAAACCCCCACGAUGUGAACGCAUUAAAUGCUUCCCAGAAACGAUCAGUUUGCAUGGCGGCAUGAUCACGUGCUCAAACUCCAACUACGCAUUCAGCCAAUGUCGUGCAGAGUGCAAUGAAUCACGUGGUUUCGUUAUGACCGGCGAAGGAACGAAAUCUUGCAGGGGUGAUGGGACUUGGUCGGAAGAGCAGGCUUGUUGUUCCAGACCUUGUCCACCAUACGCGAUUCUUGAUCUGGUGCUCAUAUUUGACAGCUCAAGUUCGGUGGGCCUCGAGAACUGGAAAAAGUUGAUGAAAUUUUGCGCAGAAAUCGUUGGCUCUUUUACCAUAGGCAGAGAUCUUAUGCGUGUUGGCGCCUUCAGGUAUAACCAAAGAGUCGACACAGCCACGGAAGUUCUUCUUGGUGAGAUCGAUACAUUUGAUGAACUAAAAACUAAAGUGCACAAAAUUCCGUACAACGGAUCGGGUACGCGAACGGGAAACGCACUGCUACACGCUUAUAAUCAUAGUUUAAACGCACCUGGCAACAGACCUAACGUGCGAGACAUUGUUCUUGUUUUUACGGACGGUGUUUCACACGAUGACGUCAUUGAACCAGCGCGGCUGUUGCAAAGCAGGGGAGCAGAUAUAAACGUGGUCGGGAUCAAGAACAGCCGGGGUCGGUUGGAUAUCAACCAGAUGAGAGAAAUGGUGAGCAAACCAAUUGAUGAACAUAUCACUGUGAUAUCUCAAGGUUUUGAAUCCCUUACGUCGGAGUUUGUGAACAGAAUAUCACGAUUAGUUUGUGGCAAUCCAUGCAAGCACAUCAUUUCAUGAACAGUGAUAUUUCAUGUGAAAUGGGAAAUAUGAUUCAUCACGCCGUGAUAGGCUCACUUCUGCAGCAAAAUAAUAUUUCUUUUGUGUUUUACCUUACCAGCCAUUUGAAAAAAAUGUUCUUUGUUAAAAUAAAAAAAGUUUACAGUUAAAUUUAUAGAGGAAAAAAUAUUGUUGCUCAGAUUGAGUAAUACUUUUGGUUAAGUUAAACUUAAACUGUACAGGCCAUGUCGGGCAAGAAUGUAUGAAAUCGUUGCUGGAUCUCUUGUUUAGACUACUUAAUAAAAAACAAGUGAAAAAA